GUUUUCACUUGUCUACCUAAAAAUACAAUUUUCUAAAAAACCGUAGACAUAAGACAUGUAUUCGGCUCUUCGAUCACAUCUUGCGGCUUUGUACAGUCGCCCAACCACAUUUCCAUUUCUUAUUGUCAUGUUACUCACAAUAAAAUAAUGCUAAAGCAGCUGUAGGUGUAUUGGAUAUCAAAGCUGUCCAUGCCGAAUUGCUUAAAGGCGAAAGCUUUGUGCUAAAAGCCUAGCUACGAUCGAAGUCCUCUGGAUUCCGUUCGUUGAUCAACCCAUUGUUUUUGUUAUUUAAUAAAAUUCACCCUUUUAUACUGCCUAUUGUUAGGAUAUGCAUAUAUUUGGUGAGAGUUUAUGGUUUGAUUGAACACAAUUGUGAAUAAAUUGAGCAAGAGUCGAAGCGCUGGGUGCGAAUCAGUCUCGGCAGAUACCGUCGUCGGCUGGCACGGCCGGUGGUUCGGGUUCGAGACCAUGGUCUUUCCUUCGCCCUAGUCCACCUCAGCCUUACUCGCUACACUACCUACCUCAAAUGGAUUUCGUGCAUCGCCACACCUCCGCCCCAGAGCAGCAGAAUCCACUUCCACCGCCUUCUUCUUCUGUGUCACCAUCUCCCGUCUCUCAUGCAAUGGAAGAGCCUGAGUACUUGGCUAGGUAUCUGGUCGUGAAACAUUCUUGGCGCGGAAAGUACAAGAGGAUCUUGUGCAUAUCCAAUUACACUAUAAUUACUCUGGAUCCCACUACAUUGUCUGUGACGAAUUCGUAUGAUGUUGGGAGCGAUUUUGAAGGUGCACAACCUAUAAUUGGCAGAGAUGACAAUUCGAAUGAGUUCAAUAUAAGUGUGAGGACUGAUGGUCGUGGCAAAUUCAAAGCUUUCAAAUUUUCAUCCAUAUAUAGAGCGAGUAUUUUGACUGAGCUGCAUAGAAUUAGAUGGGACAGGCUUGGUACAAUUGGAGAAUUUCCUGUUUUGCAUCUAAGGAGGAAAACUUCACAGUGGGUUCCGUAUAAACUGAGAGUUACAUAUGUAGGAAUUGAAAUUGUUGAAUUAGAAGUGGGAGAUCUUCGCUGGAGCUUGGACUUUAGAGAUAUGGAUUCCCCUGCAAUUAUUCUUCUCUCUGAUGUUUAUGGGAAGAAAAACUCUGAAGCUGGGGGUUUUGUUCUUUGUCCACUAUAUGGAAGAAAAUCAAAAGCUUUCCAGGCAGCUUCGGGGACUUCAAAUGCUGCUGUAACAGAAAAUAUUAUUAAAUCUGCCAAAUCUAUGGUUGGUGUUUCGUUAUCCAUGGACAGUUCUCAAUCACUAACUAUAUCAGAGUAUAUAAAGAGAAGGGCAAAAGAGGCCGUUGGAGCAGAAGAAACUCCUCUUGGAGCUUGGUCAGUGAUAAGAUUGCGCACUAGUGGACAUGGGACUGUAAAUAGUCCUGGAGUGAGUUUGUUGGUUGGCCCUAAAGGAGGCAUCGGGGAAAAUGGUGAUGCUGUUUCUCGUCAACUUGUUCUAACAAAGGUUUCUAUUGUUGAACGACGGCCUGAGAACUAUGAAGCUGUAAGCGUUCGCCCUUUGUCUUCUGUUAGUGCGCUUGUUCGAUUUGCUGAGGAGCCGCAGAUGUUCGCCAUUGAAUUCAAUGAUGGAUGCCCUAUUCAUAUAUAUGCUAGCACAUCCCGAGAUAGCUUACUUGCAGCAAUUCGUGAUGUGUUGCAAACUGAAGGGCAAUGCCCGAUACCUGUAUUGCCACGGCUAACCAUGCCUGGUCAUCGAAUUGAUCCACCUUGUGGCAGAGUUCACUUACUAUAUCCUUCUACACAUCACUUUGUUGCUGACAUGGAAACUGCAACCAUGCAUUUGAAACAUUUGGCAGCAGCUGCGAAAGAUGCUGUAGCUGAGGGAGGGUCUAUUCCUGGAUCGAGAGCCAAAUUGUGGCGUAGAAUAAGAGAAUUUAAUGCAUGCAUUCAGUAUGGUGGGUUGCCACAUCAUAUUGAAGUACCUGAGGUCACACUAAUGGCUCUGAUCACAAUGCUUCCAGCUGCUCCAAAUCUCCCCCCUGAGUCACCUCCAUUGCCCCCUCCUUCUCCUAAAGCGGCUGCUACAGUGAUGGGUUUCAUGGCAUGUUUGCGCAGGCUGCUUGCAUCAAGAAGUGCUGCUUCUCAUGUGAUGUCAUUUCCAGCUGCAGUUGGACGGAUAAUGGGCCUUCUGAGAAAUGGCUCUGAGGGUGUUGCUGCUGAAACUGCAGGUUUAAUUGCUAUACUUGUUGGUGGUGGACCAGGGGAAACUAAUGUACUAGCAGACACCAAAGGGGAAAGGCACGCAACAAUAAUGCAUACUAAAUCUGUGUUGUUCGCCCAACCAAGCAAUCUUAUAAUUCUUGUGAACAGGAUAAAGCCUAUUUCUGUAUCACCAUUACUAUCAAUGUCUGUAGUUGAGGUUCUUGAGGCAAUGAUAUGUGAACCACAUGGUGAGACAACUCAAUAUACAGUUUUUGUGGAAUUAUUGCGUCUUGUAGCUGGGUUACGCCGUCGCCUGUUUGCAUUGUUCGGACAUCCUGCAGAAAGUGUGCGAGAAACAGUGGCUGUCAUCAUGCGUACAAUUGCUGAAGAAGAUGCCGUUGCAGCAGAGUCGAUGCGUGAUGCUGCUUUAAGAGAUGGUGCGUUGCUGAGGCAUUUGUUGCAUGCAUUUUAUCUUCCUGCUGGUGAGCGUCGUGAAGUCAGCCGGCAACUUGUGGCUCUCUGGGCUGAUUCUUAUCAACCUGCACUUGAUUUGUUAUCCAGAGUUUUGCCUCCUGGUCUGGUUGCAUAUUUGCACACAAGAUCUACAAAUUCAAUAGAAGAUUCAUCUAAUGAGGAGAGCUCAUUAGUGAGCAGGAAACAGAGGCGUCUCCUUCAGCAGAGGAGGAUUCACCCUGGAAAAGUGAUCACAUCUAAUGGACAUCCUUUGCCUUCACAAAAUAACUAUGGAGUCGGGGAUCAACCACGGUUCACUAGUGUCAUUCCUAUCAAAAGUCAAGAUGGUUAUCAAAAGGAUACUGUAGAACCAACUGCUGCACAGACAUCACCAAUUCAUUCUACUGCAGGUCAUGUGGGUGAAAGCAUCCAAACUGACACACCAACUACAUGUAUUCUGCCAACUGAUCAGUCUGCUGCUGUUUCUUUUGCUGACACUUCUUCAACAAGUGCUUAUGAGCCAGUGCAACCAAAUUCGGCAAUUGCAGUUGGUUCUGAUGCAAGCAUGGUUUCUCAGAGUGCAGGGCUUCCAGCUCCUGCGCAGGUAGUUGUAGAAGAUGCAUCUGUGGGGUGUGGGAGAUUAUUAUUGAAUUGGCCUGAAUUUUGGCGAGCUUUUAGUCUUGACCACAACCGUGCAGACUUAAUAUGGAAUGAGCGCACCCGGCAGGAAUUAAGGGAAGCAUUGCAGUCCGAGGUUCAUAACCUAGAUGUUGAGAAGGAACGCACAGAUGAUAUUAUUCCUGGAGGUGCAGCUCCAGAGUCUAUGAAUGUCCAAGAUUGUGUGCCUCAAAUUUCUUGGAACUACACCGAGUUUUCAGUUAGAUAUCAUAGUUUAUUAAAAGAAGUUUGUGUGGGUCAGUAUUAUCUCCGCUUAUUGCUUGAGAGUGGUAGUAGUGGAAGAGCACAAGAUUUCCCCAUUCGUGACCCAGUUGCUUUCUUUAGAGCCUUGUAUCAUCGCUUCCUUUGUGAUGCAGAUAUGGGACUUACUGUAGAUGGUGCCAUUCCUGAUGAAAUGGGUGCGUCUGAUAAUUGGUGUGAUAUGGGAAGGUUGGAUGGUUUUGGAGGAGUAGGAGGCUCUUCAGUCAGGGAGCUUUGUGCUCGGGCAAUGACAAUUGUAUAUGAGCAGCACUACAACAUUGUAGGCCCAUUUGAAGGUGCCCCACACAUUACUGUCCUCUUGGACAGAACUGAUGAUAGGGCUUUACGACACCGUCUUCUCCUCCUCCUCAAGGUAUUGAUGAAGGCUUUAUCCAAUAUAGAGGCAUGUGUAUUGGUUGGUGGUUGUGUGUUAGCUGUUGAUCUGCUAACUGCAGUUCAUGAAGCUUCAGAAAGAACUGCUAUACCUUUGCAGUCCAACUUAAUAGCUGCUACUGCGUUUAUGGAGCCAUUGAAGGAAUGGAUGUAUGUUAACAAGGAGGGUGCACAAGCUGGUCCAGUUGAGAAGGACGCUAUUAGAAGACUCUGGUCGAAGAAGGAAAUCGAUUGGACCACUAAGUGUUGGGCUUCUGGGAUGACCGAUUGGAAGAGGCUUCGAGAUAUUCGUGAACUUAGAUGGGCGCUCGCUACCCGAGUGCCUGUUCUCACUCCACCCCAGGUUGGUGAUGCAGCAUUAUCCAUAUUGCACAGCAUGGUGGCUGCACACUCAGACAUAGAUGAUGCUGGGGAAAUAGUCACACCAACACCCAAGGUCAAGCGGAUCUUAUCAAGCCCAAGGUGUCUUCCCCAUAUUGCACAGGCUAUGCUUUCCGGUGAGCCAAGUGUUGUAGAGAGUGCUGCUGCUUUGCUGAAGGCUGUAGUUACUCGGAAUCCAAAAGCAAUGAUAAAACUUUACAGUACUGGAGCUUUCUAUUUUUCCUUAUCAUAUCCGGGAUCGAAUCUCCUUUCAAUGGCUCAGCUCUUCUCAGUUACUCAUGUCCAUCAAGCUUUUCAUGGUGGGGAUGAAGCAGCAUUGUCUUCGUCUUUGCCUUUGGCAAAACGCAGUGUUUUGGGUGGACUCUUACCUGAAUCUUUGCUUUAUGUGUUGGAACGCAGUGGCCCAGCUGCAUUUUCUGUAGCAAUGGUUUCAGAUUCUGAUACUCCUGAGAUCAUCUGGACACACAAAAUGCGAGCCGAAAAUCUUAUCCGUCAGGUGUUGCAGCACCUUGGUGAUUUUCCCCAGAAACUAUCCCAACAUUGUCAUUCUCUAUAUGAAUAUGCUCCAAUGCCCCCAGUGACAUACCCAGAACUGAAAGAUGAAAUGUGGUGUCAUCGAUAUUAUCUUCGGAAUUUAUGUGAUGAGGUCCGGUUUCCUAAUUGGCCCAUUGUUGAGCAUGUAGAAUUUUUGCAGUCAUUGCUGGUGAUGUGGCGUGAAGAGUUAACCCGUAGGCCCAUGGACCUUUCUGAAGAAGAGGCUUGUAAAAUAUUGGAGAUUUCCCUAGAUGAGGUAUCACGAGAUGAUGCUCCUAAGAAUAAACUCUUUGAGAUGUCAAGUGAGAUUCAUAAUAUCUCAAAGCUGAUCGAGAACAUUGAUGAAGAGAAGCUCAAGCGCCAAUAUAGAAAACUAGCGAUGAAGUAUCAUCCAGACAAAAAUCCUGAAGGGAGAGAAAAGUUUUUGGCUGUGCAGAAAGCAUAUGAGCGAUUGCAGGCUACGAUGCAAGGGAUGCAAGGUCCACAACCUUGGAGGUUGUUGCUUUUACUGAAGGGACAGUGCAUUUUGUAUAGGCGCUAUGGAGAUCUACUGGAGCCAUUUAAGUAUGCUGGGUAUCCAAUGCUAUUAAAUGCAAUCACUGUGGAUCAAGAUGAAAGCAAUUUUCUUUCUUCUGAUCGAACACCUCUUCUCGUUGCAGCCUCAGAACUAAUAUGGCUGACGUGUGUAUCUUCUUCGCUGAAUGGUGAAGAGCUAGUAAGAGACGGUGGAAUAAAACUACUUGCAAAUAUUCUCUCCCGUUGUAUGUGUGUAGUUCAACCAGCUACUUCUGCGAGUGAACCAUCGACUGUAAUAAUUGCAAAUGUAAUGCAAACCUAUUCAGUUUUGAGUCGUUUUGAGAGUGCCAGAGCUGAAAUGCUACAGUUUUCUGGACUGAUUGAUGAUAUUGUACAUUGCACUGAACUUGAGCUCGUUCCAACUGCUGUUGAUGCUGCUCUUCAGACUAUUGCUCACGUCUCUGUGAAUUCUGCCUUUCAAGAUGCCUUGCUUAAAUCUGGGGUGUUUUGGUAUCUAUUGCCACUGUUGCUUCAGUAUGAUUCAACCGCUGGGGAGUCAGAUAAGACAGAAGCCCGUGGUGUUGGUGAAAGUGUUCAAAUUGCAAAGAACUUGCAUGCUAAACGAGCAACACAGGCAUUGUCAAGGCUGAGUGGUCUAGCUACUGGUGAAAAUGUAACUCCAUAUAACGAGGCUGCAGCUAUUGCCCUUAAAGCUUUGCUGACACCAAAACUUGCAAGUAUGCUGAAAGAUGAAUCACCCAUAGAUUUACUGUCUAAACUAAAUGCAAAUUUGGAGAACCCCGAGAUCAUAUGGAACUCUUCAACACGAGCCGAACUAUUAAAAUUUGUUGACCAGCAGCGUGCUAGCCAGUUACCUGAUGGUUCAUAUGACCUGAAAGAUUCACAAUCCUUUGCUUAUGAAAUACUUUCAAAAGAACUGUUUGUUGGAAAUGUAUACCUGAGAGUCUAUAAUGACCAACCAGAUUAUGAAGUCAGUGAACCCGAGGCAUUCUCUGUUGCUCUUGUUGAUUUCAUUUCAUGCCUAGUCAGGUCCCAGGGAUCUAUAGGGACAAUUUUUUCUGUGCAUUCUCAAUCCUCCGUGACGCACGAGUUUCAAAUUGUUGAAAUAAAUCCAGCAUCUGAUGAGCAGAAUUUGCCUGAUAAUAAUCCUUCAACACUUGCUGGUGUGGAAGUUAAGAAUGAGAACGAACUUGAAUUAGUUAAGAAUCUUCAGUUUUCUUUGGUUGCUCUUCAGCAUCUGCUAACAGGCAAACCGGAUUUGGCAUCAGUAUUUGCUGCAAAAGAAAAACUAUUACCACUUUUUGAGUGCUUUUCCGUUCCUAUAGCUUCAGCAACCAAUAUUCCUCAACUUUGUUUAAGGGUGCUUUCGCGCUUGACAACACAUGCUCCCUGCUUGGAAGCAAUUGUUUCUGAUGAAGCGAGUCUUUUACUUUUAUUGCAAAUGUUACACUCCUCACCAAAUUGCCGUGAAGGAGCUCUCCAUGUUCUUUAUGCCUUGGCAAGCACACCAGAGCUUGCAUGGUCAGCAGCCAAGCAUGGUGGAGUGGUCUACAUCCUAGAACUACUCCUUCCUGUGCAAAAAGACGUUCCUCUACAGCAAAGAGCAGCUGCAGCUUCACUAAUGGGGAAGCUUGUUGGGCAACCAAUGCAUGGGCCAAGAGUUGCUAUAACUCUGGCUAGGUUUCUCCCUGAUGGCCUUGUAUCUGUCAUCAGGGACGGUCCUGGUGAAGCUGUUGUGAGUGCACUUGAUCAUACAACAGAGACUCCAGAACUUGUAUGGACUCCAGCAAUGGCAGCCUCUUUGUCUGCUCAAGUUGCAACCAUGGCAUCUGAACUACACCGUGAACAAAUUGAAGGACGUAUUGUUGAUUGGGAUGUCCCUGAGCAGGCAUCUGGCAGUCAGGAUAUGAGAGAUGAACCACAGGUUGGAGGGAUAUAUGUUAGGUUAUUCCUAAAGGAUCCAAAGUUCCCUCUUAGAAACCCAAAGAGAUUUUUGGAAGGACUACUUGAUCAAUAUCUGUCAUCCAUUGCUGCCACUCACUAUGAUGCCCAGUUUGUUGACCCUGAACUCCCUCUGCUUCUAUCUGCAGCAUUGGUGUCCUUAUUACGAGUACAUCCUGCUCUUGCAGAUCAUGUUGGGUAUCUUGGAUAUCUGCCCAAACUUGUAUCUGCAGUGGCAUAUGAAGGAAGAAGAGAAACAAUGGCAGUUGAAAAAAUGACAAACACUGAUAAUUUGAAUGAAGCAAAUGAACCAGAAGAUGGAUCUGCAAAGCUCCCUUCUCCAACUUCACAAGAACGAGUGCGUCUUAGUUGUUUACGAGUCUUGCAUCAACUUGCUGCUAGUACAACAUGUGCUGAAGCUAUGGCUGCUACUAGUGUAGGAACACCCCAGGUUGUUCCUCUCUUAAUGAAAGCCAUUGGAUGGCAAGGUGGAAGCAUACUAGCCCUUGAAACAUUAAAACGUGUGGUCAGCGCAGGAAAUCGAGCUAGGGAUGCUUUGGUUGCGCAAGGGCUGAAGGUUGGUCUUGUUGAUAUACUUCUUGCCCUUCUUGAUUGGAGAGCGGGGGGAAGAAAUGGACUAUGCUCACAGAUGAAGUGGAAUGAGUCUGAAGCAUCCAUUGGUCGAGUUCUUGCAAUUGAGGUUUUGCAUGCCUUUGCAGCGGAAGGGGCACAUUGUAUGAAAGUAAGAGACAUACUGAAUGCCUCAGAUGUAUGGAGUGCCUAUAAAAACCAGAAACAUGAUCUUUUCCUUCCCUCAAAUGCUCAAUCCGCUGCUGCCGGAGUUGCUGGUCUUAUUGAAAAUUCAUCGUCAUCAAGGCUGACUUAUGCAAUUACUGCUCCCCCACCGCCGCAAAGUGCUCAACAAAGACUACCUCCUGUAGCCUCAUCCGAAUCCAAUGGCAGUUCAUCUUAACUUCGGCUCUUCAGAAGGUAAAACUAUGGUUUUUGUUGCCGUCUUCUAUAGACGUAAACCUCCAUUGACAAAAAGAAUGCUAAGAAAUAUUCUACUCCCCUAUUGCAGCAUCUCAAGUGAAGAAUUUGUAUAGAGUUUUGUACAGUAUAGUCUCUUCCUAUAUGAAGGGUUGGGGUUGACCCUUUUUUUAAAGGAAGGGUCAACUACAAUAUAUGGAGUAUAUCGUACAGUGUAGAUAUACAGAGUAUCUAUUCUGUAAAUGACAAGCCUAUUACGAACAGGUAGAAAUAUAUGAAGUGAUGGAUGGAUGGAUAUUGUCAUUACUCCUCUGAGUUGCAAACUUUCUUCCAAUAUUGGAAGUUUUUUUCAUGAGUGGGUGUGAUGAAUUCAAAAAAUGUCCUUUUUUUACAAUCUAAAGCUAAUAUGUACCUCCAUCACAGCAUAUUUUUGCUAUUGCAUUAUUGAUGGCAGGCUUAGGAUAUAGAGCAUUUAAUAUAACAUGUGUGAACUUAUAUAUUGCAAAUUUAACCAAGGUGGGGUUUGGCUGUUCGUAGGCCAGAUAACUGGAUGAAGGUGAUGUAAUUUGUAAAUUAUGAACGCGUUUCCCUUUGCAGUGAAUAUGAAGUUAUAUAUUAAUGGGCGUGUAAACAUGUGAUAAAAGCACAAAGUGGCACUAUUAUUCCCGUCUUAAAAAAAUAAGUGUUGCCG